UACACACAAAGAUAUUCCAUUUCCAAAUACACGUUCCCUCUCCCUCUCCCUCUCUGUCACUGAACACACCAAAAAAGGCAAAAAGGAGCUACGCGGUUUACAGAUUCCUCGUACUAUUUAUUCUCCCCUUCCAAUUUAAGUUUCUUCCAAAUUUCACCCUCAGAUUAUUUACUUUCCUUCAAAUCUCUCCCUCCGCCGCCGCCGCCCCGCUUUCUCUCGCUCUCUUCCUCCGUAGUGUAUAGUUUUAGUUUCUGUAAAUGAAUUGAAGAUAUAAUUAAUUGAGUUGAAUUUUUAGGGUUUUUAUAAUUAUCAAACAGUUAAUAGCAGAAAAUUAAGGGAAAAAAAGAAAAGAAAAGGGAAAUGGAGAAUUACGAGCUGGUGAAAGACUUAGGAUCUGGUAAUUUUGGAGUGGCAAGGCUGAUGAGGCACAAACAAACCAGAGAACUGGUUGCCAUGAAAUACAUCGAGCGCGGCCGCAAGAUUGAUGAGAAUGUGGCAAGAGAGAUUAUCAAUCACAAAUCGCUUCGCCAUCCUAACAUAAUUCGGGUUAGAGAGGUGGUGUUGACGCCAACUCAUCUUGCUAUCGUGAUGGAGUAUGCUGCUGGAGGAGAGCUGUUCGAGCGGAUUUGCAAUGCUGGACGAUUCAGCGAAGACGAGGCGAGGUAUUUUUUUCAGCAGCUUAUUUGUGGAGUUAGUUACUGCCACUCUAUGCAAAUAUGCCAUAGAGAUUUGAAGCUAGAAAAUACGUUGUUGGAUGGAAGCCCAGCACCGCAGUUGAAAAUAUGUGAUUUUGGUUAUUCUAAGUCGUCUUUGCUGCAUUCGAGACCCAAAUCUACAGUUGGUACUCCAGCUUAUAUUGCUCCGGAGGUUCUUUCUCGGAGAGAAUAUGAUGGCAAGGAAUGCUCAAGACCAUUACAGUUGCAUAUGGAUUGCUGUUAGGGUUCAAGCAGAGAA